CCCACUGCGAAGAAAAACGUCCGACCGCGCGCACCUCUCGACAUCUGUUUGCGCACCCGGCAGCAGCUACAAAACACCCCCCCGAUCAAUCGCGCACUCUACAGGAGCUGCGACAAGCCAGCCGUGCAACCAUGUCUGUGGACUACCUGCUGCACGAAAGUGCGCUCGGAUACGCCAUCUUCAAGGUCGUGAAGCAGCCCGACACCAUUGGCAACCGCUUGAAGGAAGUGCAAGAAGCCGUUCAGGAUCUCGCCAAGUUUGGAAAGACCGUCGAACUUGUGGGCUUGACCCCGUUCCAAGGAACCCAGGACGCUCUGCAGGAGAUCAAUGAUGUUUCCGAGGGAAUUCUGAGCCCCUUCCUGCAAUCGACCCUCGAAUCGAACCUGCCCAAGUCGUCCAAGAAGAAGAAGGUUGUUUUAGGAAUCUGGGAGAAGAACUUGGCUGGCUCCAUCAAGGCGCAGUUUGAGGGAGUUCAAUGCGAGACUGGUGAGACUAACGCCGUAGUGGCUGAUUUGCUCCGAGGGCUGCGUCAGCAUGGCGACAAAUUGGUCAAGCAACUCCAGCCUGGCGAUCUUGAGCGGUCCGUGCUUGGUCUGGGACACGCAUACUCCCGUGCUAAGGUCAAGUUCUCGGUAGCGAAGCAUGACAACCAUAUUAUCCAGGCUAUUGCGACUUUGGACCAGAUUGACAAGGAUCUCAACCAGUUCACCAUGAGACUCCGUGAGAACUACGGCUGGCACUUCCCUGAGCUCAGCAAGAUCUUGACCAACGACCACUACGCAGGCGCGGUGCUCUUCAUCGGUGACAAGAGCGGAUUGUCGGAUGAGAAGCUUCACGAACUUGCUGCAGUGGUGGGCGAUGAUGAGUCGGUUGCUCAGGCCAUCAUCAAGGCCGCCAGGACGAGCAUGGGCAGAGAAAUCUCCGAUGCAGACCUUGAGAUGGUCAUGUCCUUUGCCAGACGCACAGAUGCCCUGGCCGUCUACAGGAAACAGCUCGCAGGUUAUCUCUCGAGCAGGUUGCAGAGUGUAGCGCCCAACACAGCCGCGCUCAUUGGCGAUACCGUUGCCGCCAGGCUAAUCUCCAAGGCUGGUUCUUUGACCAACCUUUCCAAGUACCCUGCCUCGACCGUACAGAUUCUUGGUGCUGAAAAGGCACUCUUCCGCGCACUGAAGACGAAGGGAAACACGCCCAAGUACGGUUUGAUCUACCACUCUUCGUUCAUCGGCAAGACUGGCGCCAAGUCGAAGGGAAGGAUCUCCCGUUUCCUUGCCAACAAAGUAUCAAUUGCGUCUCGCAUAGAUAACUUCUCGGAAACCCCAACUUCCAAAUUUGGAGAGGCCUUGAAGCGACAGGUCGACGAAAGAAUUGAGUUCUACGCUUCCGGAGCCACUCCCGCGAAGAACGCUACCGUCAUGCAAGCCGCGAUGGACUCUGUCAUGGCUGACAUUGACACUGAGGAUCCUACCGCGCAUGGUGCGGAAGACGUUGUGAUGGCGGACGGCGUCACUGCAAAGGCCACCGAGCAAGCCAUGCGCGAGAAGAAGAAGGAGAAGAAGUCGAAGAAGUCAAAGGACGUUGAAGAGGAGGUUUCUGACAAGAAGUCAAAGAAGGAAAAGAAGAGGAAACACGCCGACGAGGAGGACGGCGAGGGCAAGAAGAAGAAAAAGAAGAACAAGGCGUAGACAUGUGACACGCACGAGCUAUGCUUUCACUGUCAUGAUACCUUCGUUGGCGUUCCGGUUCUGUACGACGGGCUUUUGUGCAGCUAGGCGUUUGUUGUUGGGGUUUCUUUGCAUCGUGUGGAUUGCACGCCGUGGUGAAACGUUUUGCUCGAUCUGCGCAUGCAGAGAGGGGAUACGUCUCGCUUCUGGACUCAAAAUGUAUCAUGUAUGCUGGGGCACAUGGGUUAUAUGUCCGGUAGUUAACUCAUUCGUCUAUGCCAUCUUCUUG